AUGUCUGCCAGCCCUUCUUCCACCGCUGGUGGCGACACCAAGCCAUCGGAUCAGAUUCACUUUAAGUUUUGCCGUGAAUGCUCCAACCUGCUCUACCCCAAGGAGGACCGUGUCAACAACCAGUUGAUGUUCACCUGCCGUACUUGCCAUGUUGGCGAGCCUGCGUCCUCUCACUGUGUUUACCAAAACCAUCUCCAUAGCCAAGUCGGUGAUACUGCCGGUGUCACUCAGGAUGUGACGUCUGACCCCACGGUUUGUGCUCCUGGUUUUUGUACUCUUUGCGGUGAUAUAGUCGCUUGUUCUAUUUGCGGCCCCACCCCGGAUGAGGAGGAUCUCCCCGAGGAUGCGCCGCCUGCGGGUGACAGCCUGGAGUCCUCUGAACUCCCACGGGCCAACAAGCUCUGUCCAAGCUGCGGCGAAACCGAAGCGGUCUUUUUCCAGUCACAACAACGAUCUGCCGAAACCGGCAUGAAACUCUACUACGUCUGUUGCGCGUGCGGCCAAGUCUACGUGUGA